UGUCCAAUCAAAGCCAGCGCUGCUGGACGGUGACCGCCAAAACAAACAUGGCGGCUUCCUGCUGUCACUUCUGCACGCUGACUGAAGGUUGUUGUUAAAUUUGAGGCUUAACAGCAGAAACAGUGUCAACAUGCUCAGCCUGACAAUAAAGCAGGUGUCUUUGGCGCUCAGGGAGGGAAGGAUCUCCCCGACAGAGCUGUGUAGAAGGUGUCUGAACCGCAUCAAGAAAACUCAACAUCUCAAUGCUUACAUCACCGUGACAGAGGAGCUGGCACUGAAGCAGGCUCAAGAAGCAGAAACCAGACUGCUGCAAGGUGCCCCCAAAGGUCCUCUGGAUGGAAUCCCCUUUGCAGUCAAAGAUAACUACUGCACAGAGAAUAUCAGGACCACAUGUGCUUCCAGGAUGCUCAGAGACUACACUCCUCCAUACACUGCUACAGUCGUCCAGAAGCUCAUAGACCAAGGGGCUGUUCUGGUGGGGAAGACAAACAUGGAUGAGUUUGCAAUGGGUUCAGGGAGUACCGACGGGGCUUGGGGUCCAGUGAGGAACCCUUGGAGCUACGCGGCUCCCUACAGAGAGCAGACAGGGGCGUCACCGGACUCUGACUGGGUCAUAACUGGAGGAAGUUCAGGAGGAAGUGCUGCGGCUGUGGCCUCACUCUCCAGCUACCUAGCUCUGGGUUCAGACACAGGUGGUUCUAAUCGUCAUCCUGGAGCAUUUUGUGGCCUUGUGGCCCUAAAGCCGACCUACGGUCUGCUGUCCAGGCACGGUCUGAUCCCUCUGGUCAACUCCAUGGACGUCCCCGGCAUUAUGACACGCAGCGUCAGUGAUGCAGCCGUUGUCCUAGGUAUCCUCCAAGGCCUUGAUAUUAGAGACUCAACAACAAUCCCUCCCCCAUCAUCCCUGGCCGAGCUGCCUGAAGACUUUGACGUGAAGAACAUCUGUGUCGGUAUCCCUAAAGAGUACCACGCCCCGGGGCUGUCUGAGGAGACUGUAGCUCAGUGGAGUCGAGUUGCUGACAUGUUUGAGAGAGCAGGGGCGAAGGUGGAGCAAGUCUCGCUCCCCCACACCCAGUACUCCAUUGUGUGCUACCACGUCCUGUGCUGCGCGGAAGUGGCGUCUAACAUGGCCCGUUUUGACGGCCUUGAAUAUGGCCACCGUAGUGAGGUGAACAGCUCAACAGAGGCCAUGUACGCGUCAACCCGACAUGAGGGCUUCAACGACGUGGUGAGAGGGAGGAUUCUUUCUGGGAACUACUUCCUGCUUAAACAGAGCUACCAGCACUACUAUGUAAAGGCCCAGAAAGUCCGCCGGCUGAUAGCAGAUGAUUUCAAGCGUGUGUUCAGCUCAGGUGUUGACGUGCUGCUGACACCCACCACUCUGACCGAUGCAGCCCGGUACUCGGACUUCACGCAGGAAGACAACCAAACACGCAGCACACAGGAAGAUGUCUUCACCCAACCGGCCAACAUAGCAGGUCUUCCCGCUGUGUCACUGCCAACCGCAUUGUCAAGACGAGGGCUUCCCAUUGGUUUGCAGCUCAUCGGCCCCGCCGUCCAAGACAUGAAGCUGCUCAGUGUCGCCCAAUGGAUCGAGCAAAGGGUUGGGUUUCCCUCCAUCAGUGACCAUGGAGACUCCAGCAAGAGCAGCAUUGACACAAGAAGGACUGAAAGGGAACAAACUUCAGCUGCAUAACUUUAACUGAGGACGCAAAGAACCAACUGUUGACCAAGUCACUAGGUACAGGCUCACCAUGACCUAACAGUGUGACCGUUAUGGACAUUCUUUGCUUCUGCGAUGUCUUUUUAGGACGUUUUCAGUAGGGUAAUCUCCCUCGAUCACAUGCUACAGUAGCUUGAGGUUUUCUUGAUGGAAUUAAAAUAAUUACAGCACAUGAAAACCUCAUUAUUGAACAAUAUACAUCAUAUGUCAGGUGGAGGGAUGUGGUGUUCAAAUGCUGCUGUAUCUGUUGUCUGAAGGUGCAACGGUUAUAUACUUUGAUGGAGCGGUACUUAUCAAAAGUGUGUAUGUUUCAUUGUAUGUUGGUGAUGUUAUUACACCUGAUCUCGGCUUUUAUUGUCAAAAGUCUAAGAAAACAAUUUUAAGCGAAAUCGAUUCUUUCAAUUUUUUUGGUUUCAUUCAGCUCCCUUCCUUAUUUUCAUCGACAUGAACCUUGAGGAGAUUACAACCACCUCAAGUGAAGAUGCACGGUUCAGAUUGGACUCUGUGACUUUUCAGGUUAUCCAUCCAUCCAAUUCUUGUGAACCAUUAUCUCAGAAAUGCCGUGAGGGAAUUUCUACAAAAGACCUUGUCCUCGAUUUCCUCCUCAAACUCUUCCAAACAGUCAAAGUGAUCCUGUUUAAGAAUGUAAUGAAUAAGCGUCUUCUUCUUCAAAAUAAAAUGAAACAGAGGUGAACCAAAAACCUCAAAGUGUUGACAUCCAACGCCAUCAAAACAACACAACUAGCUCAAUUUGCCUGAAUUCAUGUGAUACAGUCUAAACAUUUUGACUAGUCUUAUUGGCCGAGCUUUACUGUACAAGUUGUAUUCAUCCUCUUACACACACAUUCAUACAGUGCUUCUAAAUGCAGCACCUUUUCUAUCACACACCAUUCAUACACUGUUUGAACAGCCAUCAGAGGCAAUAAGGGGUUCAAGGACACUUCAGAAUUCAAACUGGAGGAGAUGCCAGGUAUCAAACUGCGACCAUUUAAUGGUAUUUAACCUGUGCUGCAUUUUCAGAAGAUAAAGGCUCGUUUUAAUUUACAAAGCAAAGAGAGCAACAAAGAGACAGAUGGCCGAUGGACACAGGUGUCCACUAGAUGUGUCCACUGGAGGGCACAGUUCAACUGUGUUAGGGAAAACAUGUUGCCUCCUUCCCUUUUUGACCUCUUGUCAGUCUCUAUGUCACAAGUCUAGACUUUGACUCAAACUUCUCUCUCCAAUCCAGUUUGACAAACUGUUCAGCCAUUCAAGUUAUAUAAACGUAAAGACAUAUUUCCUCUGCAGGUUUAGUAAGUCUGAGAAGAAGGGAACAAAAGGCUGUUUCCACUGCGUUGAGAUGAGUAACAACUUGCCAUGACCAAACACCAGCCGACUCUUCAAACCAUUUGGGCUCGACUAGAUACUUUCCCUGACAUACAGCAUCAGUGUCGAUCCACAUUAAAAGGCUGGAGUCAACUCAAGUGAAAUUUAUCCAGUCAGCCAAUUACAGUUCUGGAAACUGGCCUAAAGUAGUGCCCAUUAUAACCUGCUCUCAGCUGACUCCUGUACAACAUAAUCCUGACCACUUUCCCCUGCAGGAGGGAAUCUAUACUUGAUCCUUGUACUUAAUUAAUCCCAAUACAAGUUUUCUUUUUAAGUUCACAAGUGUAAAGUGUACUAUAUUAUUUAUUAAAUCCAAUGAGUUUAAA